AUCUGCUUUAUUGAAAUACUUAAUAUACUUCAAAAGAGGUUAUUAGAAAGAUGAACAACUUUAGCCCACUUGCAAAGAUUUUGGAUGAGAAUCGUCUCAAAGGUCCAAAUUAUAGUGAUUGGAAAAGGAAUUUGAAUAUUGUGCUCACUGCUGAAAAGUUGGUUCAUGUUUUGAAUGAAGAACCACCAAUUAUGCUUGAACCAGGUGCGGAUGAUGAUGCUCAAGAAGCUUACCAAUUAUGGUUUGACCAUGAUUCCUUAGCUAAGUGUUAUAUAUUAGCAUCUCUUGAGAAUAGGCUUCAGAAGCAACAUGAGAAAAUGGCUACUGCUAAGGAUAUAAUGGCAAGCUUGAAAGAGAUGUUUGGACAACAAAAUCGUUCUGCAAGACAAUCUGCUAUGAAAGGGCUUAUGUCCACCAAGAUGACUGAAGGAACUCCAGUACAUGACCAUGUCAUGACGAUGAUAGGUUUUAUUAAUGAACUGGAAUCUCUUGGGUCUGAGAUGGACAAUGAGACAAAGAUAGAUGCGAUCUUAUCUUCACUACCAGAUUCAUUUAAUCAAUUCGUUUUGAAUUUUAAUAUGAAUAAGAUGGUAGUAACCCUUCCUGAGCUUCGUAAUAUGUUGCAAAGAGCUGAGGAACUAAUUAAAAAGGAGAAGCCUGUAAUUAUGAUAGCAGAAAAAGGAAAGUCCUCAAAGCCCAAGUAUAAAAAUAAGAAAAGGAACUUUGGGAAUAACAAAGGUUUUAAACAAAUCCCUGGAGGCAAUGCUAAGAAGGUGAAGAGGGAUAAAUCAGAAGAUGCUUGUCACUUCUGCGGAAAGAAAGGUCAUUGGAAAAGAAAUUGUUACCAAUACCUAGCUUCACUCAAGAAACCUUCAGAAGGUUUUAAGCAAGAUGGUCUUUAUUUUCUUUCUCCUGCACUUAAUUCUAUUGCAUGCAUUGAAAAAGAUUUCCAUGAAAAUAUUUUGAGCAAAAGAAAACGUGAUGAGGUUGCUCCUACUUAUCUAUGGCACUUAAGGCUAGGUCAUAUCAAUGUUGAAAGGAUUAAUAGAUUAGUCAAGGAUGGUCCUUUAGACUUUUUGAAAAUUGAAUCCUAUCCGACAUGUGAACCUUGCUUGCAAGGAAAGAUGACUAAGUUGCCUUUUUCUGGAAAAGGUGAAAGAGCUUUAGGAGUCUUAGACUUGAUACAUUCAGAUGUAUGUGGACCAAUAAACCAUGUUGCUAGGGGUGGGUUCUCCUAUUUUAUCACUUUUACUGAUGAUUAUUCUAGAUAUGGAUAUAUCUACCUUAUGAAACACAAAUCAGAAUCCUUUGAAAAGUUCAAAGAAUUUCGAAAUGAAGUGGAAAAACAAAAGGGUAGAAAUAUUAAAUGUCUUCGUUCCGAUAGAGGAGGUGAAUAUCUUUCGGAUGAGUUUAAGAACUACUUAAGAGAUAAUGGAAUUUUAUCUCAACUUACCCCACCAAGAACACCACAACAUAAUGGUGUUUCGGAAAGAAGAAAUCGCACCUUAUUGGAUAUGGUACGAACAAUGAUGAGUGCAAUGGAUUUGCCUACAUCCUUUUGGGGAUAUGCUUUAGAAACUGCAAUUUAUUUGUUAAAUAGAGUUCCAACUAAAUCAGCCCCUAAAACUCCUUAUGAGAUGUGGACUAAUAAAAGGCCAAGUGUCAAACACUUGAAGAUUUGGGGCUGUCACGCACAUGUUAAGAAACAAAGUGCAGACAAGUUGGAAUCUAGAACAAUUAAAUGCAAUUUUGUUGGCUACCCAAAGGAAACCAUUGGGUAUUAUUUUUAUAAUCCAAAUGAGCAAAAAGUGAUCAUUAGUCGGAAUGCCUUUUUCUUGGAAAAUGAAUUUGCAGACAAUUGCAACAUGAGUAAUAAGAUUACUCUUGAAGAAAUAAUGGAGCCUAAUGAUGAAAUUAAUUCCCAAAAGGAAAUACAAGAUAGUAUUCCUAUUUUGAAUGAAUCGAUGGUUCCAACAAGGAAAAGUAAUAGGAUUGUUCGACCUCCAGUAAGACUGACUCUUUUGAAUGAGAAUUAUUCUAUGAUUUCAGAAGAAUGUGAGAAAGAUCCUACUACUUACAAAGAAGCAAUGUUAGACAUUGAUAAAAAUAAAUGGAUUAUUGCCAUGCAAUCCGAAAUGGAUUCUAUGUAUUCUAAUGAGGUCUGGACUCUUGUAGACCGUCCUAAUGGGAUCAAAACAAUUGGUUGUAAAUGGGUCUUUAAAAGAAAAAGAGGACCAGAUGGAAAAGUGGAGACUUAUAAGGCAAGACUAGUGGCCAAAGGUUAUAAUCAAAAGGAAGGUAUUGAUUAUGAAGAAACUUUUUCUCCAGUAGUCAUGUUAAAAUCAAUUAGAAUAUUAUUGGCUAUAGCUGCAUAUUAUGAUUAUGAGAUAUGGCAGAUGGAUGUAAAGACAGCCUUCUUAAAUGGGCAUCUUCAAGAAGAUAUUUAUAUGGACCAACCGGAUGGAUUUAUAUCCAAAAGGCAGGAACAUAAAGUAUGUAAACUUAAAAAAUCCAUUUAUGGGCUUAAACAAGCCUCAAGAAGUUGGAACAUCAGAUUUGAUGAGACAAUCAAACAGUUUGGUUUCUCACAAAAUCUAGAUGAAGCAUGUGUUUAUAAGAAAACACAAGGGAAUGCUAUUACUUUUCUUGUUCUUUACGUUGAUGACAUCUUGCUCAUUGGGAAUGAUAUAGGGAUGUUGUCAACAGUGAAAUUAUGGCUCUCUAACCAUUUUUCUAUGAAAGAUUUAGGAGAUGCCACAUAUAUUUUGGGUCUUAAGCUCUAUCGAGAUAGAAGCAAUAGACUGUUGGGUUUAUCCCAAUCAGCAUAUAUUAAUAAAAUUGUGGCCAAGUUUAACAUGCAAGAUUCCAAGAAAGGAUUUGUACCUUUCAGACAUGGAAUUUUUCUUUCUAAGAAAAUGUCACCAAAAAGUGAUAUUGAGUUAGAAAGAAUGAAAAAUUGCCCAUAUGCUUCCGCUGUAGGUAGUUUGAUGUAUGCAAUGUUAUGUACUAGGCCAGAUAUUGCUCAAGCAAUAAGUGUGGUGAGCAGAUAUCAAUCUAAUCCUGGAGAAGAGCAUUGGACAGCAGUUAAGCAUAUUUUUAAAUAACUUAACAGGACUAAGCAUUAUUGUUUAGUAUAUGGUGGAGGUCCUUUAAAUGUUGAAGGAUAUACAGAUUCUGAUUUUCAAUCAAAUCCUGAUGAUAGAAAGUCUACAUUAGGAUAUAUCUUUGCUUUAAAUAAUGGUGCUUUUAGUUG